UAAUUAUGUUGUGUAAUACAAGAUUAAUUUACCGGAUUUAAUUUUUAAAAGUAAAAUUGUUUAUUUCAUAAAAUUUUGGUGUUAAAUAAAUUUGUGAGGUUAUGUUGGAAUUAAAUAUGGAUUUUAAGCUUAUUUAAUAAGCGCCCUUUAUCGAAGCAAUGUUUUAUUUGUAGCAAUAACAAAAGUGUUACUCUAAAAUGAACAUAAAUACUGAAGAAAUUGUAACUUUUAAGGAGGAAAAACAGAGAAUUGGAGCUUGAUAAUUUAUUUGCCCCAAAUUGCUAAAAAUGGAAUUACGAUGAGGCUUCUAAAAUUAGUCCUUUUAAAUGAAAUUGGUGGAGUUUAAGACUUUUAUUGGACGAUAAAACAAUUAUAAUUGGAUCAAGACAUUAUGUUUAUAACGUUAAAGAUAAAUUCAAUAAAAUAUUUAUUUCUGUAAAACUGUAUCCAACAUUCUUAUCCUCGAUUAAUUCCUUUAUUAAUUUUCACAAUGUUGCAUUAAAUUUCUUUGCCCUUUCUUUCGUCGUUUAUUUGAAUUUGUUUAACCUACGUGACUUGCGCCACUUUGUGCAAUCGAUCUUCGGGAAAAUCUGGAGAUACAGUGUUAUUUUUGGGGACUUUAUAACCAGAACGAAUCGUUUUCGCGACUUUACUUCAGUCCACUCCAGUCUACCGUCGACUUUGAAGUGUUUAGGGUCACCUUCACCAAAAAGCUCGAGCUUUAUUCAGAUAAAAAUUGUGGUGUGUCAACAGAAUAAAAAUGGAUACGGAGCAGAAGAAAGGAUUUUUCGGAUUAAUUCAAUGUAGAUACAUCGUAGCUUGUCUUGGAUCUAUUGGAAUGGCGAUAGCUUAUGGGUUAAAAGUAAAUUUAAGUGUUGCAAUCGUUACAAUGGUAAACCACACAGCUUUGGAACUUUCGAAUUCCCAAAUUCAAAGUGACCGACCUCCAAUAAAACACUCAAUGUGUUUGUUUAACGAUUCAAAUCAUAAUUCAAUUAUCGAAGAUGGUCCAUUUAAAUGGUCAAAUACUCUACAAGGAACAAUACUGUCUUCAUACUUUUGGGGGUAUCUAAUCUCAUUAAUACCCGGCGGUCGAAUCGCAGAAUUAUUUAGCGCAAAAUGGGUGAUGUUUUUCGCAAUAGCCAUCAACACGAUUUGUACCCUAUUAACUCCGAUUACUGCUAAAAUACAUUAUUCAAUUUUAAUAAUGAUGCGAGUUGGACAAGGAAUCGGCGGAGGAGUCACAUUUCCAGCGAUGCACGUUUUAUUAGCCCGAUGGUCCCUACCAAACGAAAGAAGCGUAAUGAGUAGCGUCGUUUACGCCGGGACUUCUUUAGGAACCGUUUUAAGUACUUUAUCAGCUGGGAUAAUUGCGGAUUAUAUUAAUUGGGAGGCUGUUUUUUAUAUUAUGGGUGGUUUAAAUGUAAUUUGGUUGGUGCUUUGGGUUUUCUUUGUUUUUGAUGAUGCGGAUUCGUCGCCGAUUAUAAGCGAAAAUGAAAAGAAGUUGAUUAAUUCGUUAUUAAAAGGAAAUUAUAGUAGCGCGAAAAAAUCGUUUCCUUUGAAACAAGUUUUAACUUCGAUGCCGUUUUGGGCCAUUUUAAUCGCGCAUACUUGCUCGAAUUGGGGUUGGUACAUGAUUUUGAUUGAACUUCCGCUUUAUAUGAAGAGUAUUCUUCAGUUAAACGUUUCUGAGAGUUCCAAAUUUAUUUCUUUGGGAUUCUUUUUGAUGUGGGUUUUUAGUAUUUUGUUGAGUAGAAGUUUGGAUAAUUUUCGGGCUAAAAAAAUUAUUACAACUACAUUCGCCAGGAAGAUUUCUACGUUAAUUGCAAGUGUUAUCCCGUUGGGGUGUUUCUUAGGAUUAUCUUAUAUUGGAUGCUCCAGAGGUGGCGCAAUCGCUUUAACUAUUUUAGCGAUUGUUGCAAUCGCCGGGAUGUUUUGUGGAUUUCUUUCAAAUCAUAUAGAUAUAGCCCCGAAUUACGCGGGAACUUUAGUUGCUUUUACUAACACAAUAGCGACCAUUCCCGGGAUUGUUGUGCCAAUGUUUGUUGGGGGACUCAUCGAAAACGAUCCUGGCAUAUACUCGUGGAGGAUUAUUUUCUUUACAACGAUAAUUCUCUACAUCAUCGAGAUAUUUUUUUACGUUAUUUUCGCCUCUGGAGAAGAACAAGAUUGGAAUAAAAAUAAUAACGACAACGUCGAAGCUCAACCAUUGAAAAAUCCCCAAUCUCCGGAUGGAUCUAAACAAGAUUACAAAGCAACUUUAAAUUAAAUAAAAAAUAUGUUAUUGAAAUGAUGUGUAAAGACUGAGCAUAAUAUUACCUCUUUAUCGAUGUGUUAUUCUAAUAAAAGUAUUUAUGGGAAUUAAAGUUUAAAUUAAGGUCGUGA